GAGAGAACGUUAGGGUGCAGGAGCUGCAAAGGAAAAUCGGCAACGAAAAGAGCACUAUCGGCCAGCAAGGGGCGAAAUUAAUAUAAUCACAAGGGUCACCCGAUCGAACUGUUCAGAGUUCAGGCCAUGGAAGCUGUAGAAGUAGAAUCAAAAGGCUCGCAUGGUGGUGGUGGCGAUCGCCGGACGUCCAGGAAUGAUCGCCGGAGCUCGUGGGGCUGCACUUUGCUUCUCGUGAACAACUGCUUGCAGAACACGUCCUACUUCGGCUUGUCGACGAACUUGGUGAAUUACUUCCAGGUGGAGCUGCACGCGGGCAGCAAAUCCGCGGCGAACAGCGUCACCAACUGGAUGGGCACCAGCUCCAUCACGCCGCUCGCCGCCGCCUUACUCGCCGACUCCUUCCUCGGCAGAUAUUGGACCAUCACCCUCUUCCUCGUCAUCUCCGUCGCGGGAUACGGAUUGGUGACGGCGAGCGCCUCGGCGGCGCUGCAGAGCGCCGUAUUCUACGCGGGGCUGUACCUGGUAGCCCUCGGCGGCGCGCUGUCACCGGUCAUGGUCUCGUUCGGAGCCGACCAAUUCGGCGACGACGAGUCCGAGCGCGGGCAGCAGAGCUCCUUCUUCAACUGGUUCUACUUCUCCAUGAACGUGGGUUCGCUCGUCGGCGGCACCGUGCUUGUGUGGGUGCAGACCGCCCACGGCUGGCGACUUGGCUACGGCAUCCCGGCCCUGCUCAGCGUGCUCGCCGUCGCGCUGUUCAUGGUCGGCACUAGCGCGUACCGCAGGAUCCAGCCGCCGGGGGGAUUUCCGGCAACCAGGAUCGCACAGGUAGUAGUCGCCGCCAUCAGGAAAUGGGACGUUGAGGCGCCGGAGGACGCUGCGCUUCUGCACGAGUGCGCCAGCGACGAUGGCGUGUCGACGAUACAGGGGAGCCGCCGCCUCGUGCACACCGACCAGUUCAGGUUCUUGGACAAGGCGGCAGUUGAGACGGAGGGCGACAAGAGGGUGCGGCCGGAGAGCCCGUGGCGGCUGUGCACGGUGACGCAGGUGGAGGAGCUCAAGUGCGUGCUCAGGCUGUUGCCGGUGUGGGCGUGCGGCAUCAUCUUUGCGGCGGCGUACACGCAGAUGUCCACAACCUUCAUCCUUCAGGGCGACACCCUGGACCCUCGCCUUGGCAGCUUCCGCGUGCCCGCCGCCGUGCUCUCCGUCUUUGACACCCUCAGCAUCAUGAUCUGGGUGCCGCUCUACGACUUUGUCGUUGUCCCACUCGCGCGCCGUCUCACUGGCCACAGCCGAGGGUUCACGCCGCUAGCGCGCAUGGGCAUCGGCUUCGUUGUUCUCACCAUCACCAUGCUGCUUGCAGGCGUGCUCGAGGUGGCCCGCCGCCAUGUCCUCGCGCGCCAUGGCACGUUCAUCGAUGCGGACGGUGCGGAAUACGUGCCCAUGUCGAUUUUCUGGCAGGUGCCGCAGUACGUGGUGGUGGGCGCGGCGGAGGUGUUCACAUUCAUCGGACAGCUGGAGUUCUUCUACGAGCAGGCGCCGGACGCCAUGCGCAGCGUUUGCUCAGGGCUUCCUAGCGCAGCAUUCGCCCUUGGAAACUACGCCAGCUCGGCAAUCGUGGCCGUUGUGGUGCGCGCCACGGCGAGGGGUGGGAGAUCUGGGUGGAUGCCUGACGACAUCAAUGACGGACAUCUGGAUUACUUCUUCUGGCUGCUCGCCGUGCUCUGUGUCGGCAACUUCGGCGCCUACCUGUUCGUCGCACGAUGGUACAACUACAAGAAGACCGUUGAUUGAACUAGAAGACGGGGAAUGUUGUGCCAUGAUUAGUAACUCUGCAGUGUUGUUUAUCUAUAUGGCUGUCACCUUCUGGUUGACAUGGUCUUUCAAGUGAUAUAUAUCAGAUUAAGGUUUGCUUGCUU